CUAUGUCGCACGCUGUUGUCAAUCCAGACCGAGAGCAACUAGAGACUUGUCCCUAUGAUCCCUCCCAUAGGGUCUCUCAGAUGAGGUUACCGUAUCAUCUUAUCAAGUGCCGAAAGAACCACAAAGACAAAGAGUUUUCUCAGUGCCCAUACGACGCAAAGCAUGUCAUAUUGAAGGCCCAAUUUCAAGAACAUCUACAGAAUUGUGACAAGAAGGCCAUAAUUGAGCCUCAGCUGGUGAUGGUUGAACGGAACUUUGGACUUCACCUCCCACCCUCGCAGGCCGUCGAGAUCGAGGCUACUCUAUCAAAUGAGUGGGAUUUAGAAAUGCCUUCUACAGCAUUCACCAUCAACUCAUCUCCAGAGAACGGAGAAAGGGUGGAGGAGCAUCAGGUGGUCAAUUCUUUCUCAUCCAGUUCCAAUACAUGGUCUGCCAUGGCACAAGGGACUGGAGGUGGGAAGGGUGGUUAUAAUAAUGGGGUUUCUUAUGAUGGAUACAGCAAAACUGUACCUGCCAGUUAUGAGUCGAUUGAUCACCAGGAUCAGUUGGAAUAUUCUCAACCAGUCCUACCAAGGAAGCCUCAUUCCAGUAAAAAGAAAAAGAAUGGGAGACCUGAAAGAGCUGAACCUCAAAGUUCGUCACUUCUUGUUGUUGAAACCUCGUCUAAUGUUACCUCUGCAGCUGGGAAAGCACUUCGAAAACCAUCUUCAAGCUCAAGUAAGUCUGCUUCAAUCAACUCAACUGAAUCGAACAAAACACCAAGAUCUUACGGACGUGGUCGAGCUGCUACCAUGCAGGCACAAGAAGGUUACCAUGUCACUAACCAGAACACAGGACCAGGAAGCUAUGUUGUCCAGUCUCCGCCGGAACAUAUAGACAGAAACAAUCGUCAGCCAGAUUCUUCAUUUGGUAGAGGAAGAGGUGCAAGCUAUUUGAAUGCUGAUCAACCAACUUUAAGAAAACCUGGAAUGAGUGAGAAGGGGACCAAGGAAGUACUGGAAAAGGAGAGAUUGAAGCUGAUGAAACAGAUUAGGGAGGCUAAGUUGUUGGAGGAGAGAUUAGCGAAGGGAGAACUUUUGGAGGAAAAUCAGGUGUCCAAGCUAGCAAAGUUAGCAUCAAUGCAAAAUGAGCUGAACGAAAUCUGUAAGCAACUACAAAAUAAUAUCUGAAAAGAAAGAUCUAGUGCAGUGUUCAAACUUUAGGGGUACAUUUAGUUUAAAGUACUUUGAAACACAAAUACUGAUUGAUCUUCAAACUAAACUCUUAUCUAUACUUGAAUGAUUUAAAAAAUUUAUUAUUUAUCAAAAUUUGUAAAAUUAUUUGAUUAAAAAAAGUACGGGUAUCGGCCUUACAAAAUGACACGAAAAAGGAGAUGGCUCUGAAAUGCACAAAAAUGAGUUUUGUUCUUGUUUUAUUAUCCAGAUAGGUAGUUCAACAGGUAUAUUUUUCUUCCCGGGGGUUGAUUUGAUUGAAAAACCGUAAAUUUUGCGAU